UUGACAGGAAAGCGAUUGGCUUAGCGCCACGACAGCGAGCUCACCACUGGCAUCGCCUCUCCUACCACCUCGAUAGACUGGGAUCCCCACCGCUACCUUGCCUUCGUCCCCUCGACGGGCACUCUCGUCCUCGCUGUAGAGGGCACAGCCAUGAGGCUUCUCUCAGCAUACAAUGACGCCAACUGGACUCCACGCCCCGUACCGGCUUCAUCGCCCGUGGCUGCGACUUUCCGCAAGUACGCCAAGUCUCCCUCACACGUCGCUGCCGUACCCGUCCUGGACGUUUUGCAUGCCCAGGAUGGAGCUUCACGUCCGGCGGACAACACCUUCUCCGGCGUCGCCACGAUCCACACAGGCUUCUACGAUGCAUGGUCGCGAUUGUACCCCUCUGCCCUUUCGGCGAUACGUGCUGCUCUCACUGGUCCGUACAGUGGCAAAGUGAAGAAGAUCCUGGCUACGGGUCACUCACUUGGAUCCGCGAUAGCGAUGGUGGAUGCAAUGGCACUGAGAAGUGACUUGGGGGAGGGAAUACAGAUCGAGAACAUCGUCUACGGGUCGCCGCGCGUCUUCAAUCCGGUAGGAGCGCGAUUGUUUGAAGAAGUGGCGGGAAAUGAACAGGCCGACAUCUACUUCCGCCACAUCCACCACGCAAAUGACAUGGUCACUCACAUGGGUCUAUUCUUGGAAGGCUUUGAACAUCCUUCCUACGAGAUCUUCCUGCCUGACAACUCGACGACUGCCCUCUCCUGCUUAGGUCGGGAGAACAUCAAUUGCUCCCUCGGCCGCGCGAUGGGGGAUCAUUACCGCCAUUUGAACGUGUACGAUCACAGUGGGCCUUACUUGCGGGAGUGGCUGCUAGGCAGGGAGGGAAAGACGGAGCAAUGUUGGCAGGCGAGUGGCUAUGAGCAGAUUGGACUCAAGGUGCCUGGUGCUGGGCUGAAGCACAGCUGGACGGGCAAAGAGGGGAAGGCUUCCGGCCUGCCUGCGGAUCAAGGCCCUGUGGUCUUGGGGAUCCCUGUGAAUGACACCAUCCCCGACUUUCCGCCGUAGUGCUACUCAUUGUCGUCACUAGCAUAGAUGGCCGUUGUUUCUAGUCUUUUAGCAAUACCACAUCGAUGGCAAGCUACUUUGAAGUCGUUUGCUGGGCGCGCCUCUUCUCCACCCGAGUUGGCUUU